UUUGUGGGCAUUAGAGCUACAACAAGAGAAAGCAAAAAAUACCAAACCUUGGAAGACAACAAAUAAGGGGAGCUAGAUACCACGCAUAUCUAAACAUGCCGUCCCGCAACAAGAUCAGCGUGGCCAUGCUGAGCUUGGCCCUGAUGGGUCUGCUCCUUUGCCACCUCGCCACCACCGCCUCCGCCGCCACCGACAGCGAAGACGGCUCGGUGAGAGACGGCGGCAGCCCCGCCCCCGACUCCGGCGAAGGCCGCGUCGUCUAUGCGGAUAUGAGGUUGGCUGAUUCAGAAUCCAGCUCAUCCGAUGCGCCGGCGUCGGCGCUGGCGCCGUCGUCCAGUUGAACGAAGCGACGGUGGUGGUUAAAAACUUAUCAGGUCACGUGUGGCCGGCUACUAUUUUUUCCGUAAGUAAAGAUAGGCAAAGCGUGGCCAAAUAAUUUUAUAAGCAAGUAAUAAGUGUGAUGGGUUAAUCGAAAUGAUCAAUGUAUGACGUGUGGGCCAGGAGUUAUGGCUUGCCUAGCCACAUGUUAUUCUACGUCUCCUAUCUUCGUUGCACGUCUUUUUUUCCCCUUGUGUUAUUAUAUAUAUCUUGAGUUCUUGAUGGAUUCCGACUUACCAAUUGUUUGUUCAACUUCAUUAUUCCAUUACUUUUAAUGGAGAAGUGUACCUGUUCGUUGUGUAUGCGCAAAUGGAAUGUCCAACAUCAUUGAUUCCCACA